AUGGAACUUCCGCCGACUGUCUCUCCAAGACGAAAGAAGACAAACUUGGCUCACAUCUUCAACGGCGCAAGGACGCCCGCCCCCUCCUCUUCCGCCAUUCCCUCCUCUUCCCCCGCCUUCGGCACACCUGUUCACCCGUUGAAGCCGUUCAACGUCUCGGCCCCUACGAAACAUGCCAUCCUACCCAUACUCCUCCCUCCGGCUACUUUGCGGCCCCUCGCCUUCCGAACCUUCACGAAGAAGCACAGCCUGACCCUGACGUCGACGGCAUUACAGGAGCUCGCUACGUUCAUCGGCCGGCAUUGCGGAUCAGGAUGGCGCGAAGAGGGCCUAGCGGAAAAGGUUCUCGAGGAGGCAGCCAAAGCCUGGAAGGGUCGCAAUGGAGGAGUCAUCGUGGAUGGCGGCAGCUCUGAGCUCAAGGAAAUAUUGAAGACCAUGGAGGGCAACAUGAGUGGAGGAAAAAUCAUUGCUGGUGGAAAAGGUCUGAGCCGCCAGAACAGCAUGCUAGAGCCGGGCAGGGACGCAGAAAUGGCUUCGCAUACCAGGUUGGGACUGAGGCCAAAUCAGGCCUUGACUAGGGAGGACAGCCAGCAGAGCUUCGGCAUGUCGAGCUUGGAGGUCGAAGAGGAGGAGAAUGACGAGACAGUCAAUGACGCGAGGAAGUGGCUCAAGGUGAUUGGGGCAUACGACCAACCACGACUUUGCUACAACGUGGCCAAGAAGCACUUCGAGAGGGAAACUACAAAACCGUCUCUUUUGCCACCAGCAUCACACAAAACAGCACUUUUCCGAAAUCGUUACCACGUUAUUCAUCAGCGUCUUCUGCGGAAUGAAGCAUUCCAGACCUCAGCCGUCGCCAGUGCAAGAGCAUCAACACUUAAGAGGUCGUUAUCAAACCAGCAGAACCACAAGAUCACACCAAUCGCAAACCUGCUGGGUCGCCAUGGAAGUCACCACAUGCUACUCGGCAUGCUGGUUGUUCUGCCGACGGGCGGCCUGGCUAUCAGCGAUUUGACAGGCACCAUUGCGCUCGAUCUCUCCCAGGCAAUCGCCAUUCCUGAAGAUUCGGCUUGGUUCGCCCCCGGCAUGAUUGUCUUGAUGGAUGGCGUGUACGAAGAGGAGGAGGAGUCACACGGCAAGGGCCUGAGUGGCAGCAGCGGCGUAGGAGGAACCCUCGGCGGCAAAUUCCAAGGUUUCUUCGUUGGACAGCCCCCUUGUGAGAAAAGGAGAGCAACUCUGGGCGUGAGCGGGCCGGAUGGUGGCCAGGAUCACACUAUUGGUGGUGGAUUCGGCUGGAUUGACUUCCUCGGUGUCGGCAGCGAGAGAGCAGUUGGUCCGCGAAUGCGCAAGCUCGAACAACGUUUGCUCCCCAGACGCUCUGCUGAAGACACCCCUGGUCGAGGUCGUAUGAUCAUCCUCGGCGAGGUAAACCUCGACCAGCCGCGUACCCUCCAGGCAUUACGCAAAAUCUUGUCACUAUAUGCCAAUGAGCCGGAAGGACAGAGCCCCAUGACAUUUGUCCUCACGGGCAACUUUACACAACACGCCGUUCUGGCCCGGGGCGGCAGUGGAGGCAGCAUCGAGUACAAGGAGGUCUUCGACGCGCUCGCAAGUACCUUGGCCGACUUCCCAACACUGCUGCAGACUGCGACUUUUGUCUUCGUCCCGGGGGACAAUGACGGUUGGGUCUCCUCCUUCGGCGCUGGAGCGGCCGUUCCACUACCGCGCAAGCCAGCCCCCGACAUGUUCACUUCUCGGAUCCGGCGGACAUUUGCUGCCGCCAAUGCAGAACUGAAUAGUGACAGCGAGAAAAGGGCAACGGAAGGCGAGGCAAUCUGGACGUCGAAUCCCAGCCGACUGAGUCUCUUUGGCCCCAAUCAUGAGAUUGUACUGUUCCGCGACGAUGUCGCAGCCCGCCUCAGCCGUACUUCCGUCCGGCUCAAGUCUACGCGUUCAGCCAACUCCGCAGCCGACGAUCCGGAUGAUCAAGACACCCCCUCCACGGGCGGCGACGUCGUCAUGUCAGGUGCGGUAGGCUCAAAUGAAACCCCCGUAGACCAGGAGGCCAUGGAUGUCGAUGCGACCAACACAAGCACUGCCACCUCGUCGGCCGUACCUCCGGUCUCCCAAGACGUCCACCGUGCACGCAAGCUCGUCAAAACCAUUCUCGACCAGGGCUACCUUGCGCCGUUCCGACACGCCAUUCGCCCCGUGCACUGGGAUUACGCGGCCGCGCUGCACCUGUACCCGCUACCCACGGCGCUGGUGCUUGUCGACGCCACAGCACCGCCGUUUGCCGUCACAUACGAGGGAUGUCAUGUUAUGAACCCGGCGAGCUUGCUGGUGCCGGGCAAGACUAGGGUUGCGAGAUGGGUGGAGUAUGAGAUUGGCAAGGUGGGAAUGAUGAGGGACUUGUCCUUCUAA